AUGUCAAUUACUUCUCAGAAAAGAAAUAAUAUCGAGUUAUAUACAAACAAAUUUUAUGCCACUUGUACUCUGGGUGGUAUAAUUGCAUGUGGUCCAACUCAUUCAAGUGUUACUCCGUUAGAUUUAGUUAAAUGUAGAUUGCAAGUAGACCCAACUUUAUAUAAAUCAAAUUUGCAAGGUUGGAAAACCAUUGUUUCUACUGAAGGUGGGUUUUCAAAAGUUUUCACCGGUGUUGGUGCUACAUUCAUAGGGUACUCGUUACAAGGUGCCGGUAAAUAUGGUGGUUACGAAUUUUUUAAACAUUAUUAUUCAACUUUAUCUUUCGUUACCCCAGAGUUUGUUCAGAACCAUUCUGUAUGGAUCUAUUUAGGUGCUUCUGCAACUGCAGAAUUCUUGGCUGAUAUUAUGUUGUGUCCAUUAGAGGCAAUCAAAGUUAAACAACAAACAACUAUGCCACCAUUCUGUAAUAAUGUCUUCCAAGGUUUCAGUAAAAUAUACACUCAAGAGGGUCUUAAAGCCUUUUAUAAAGGUAUCGUCCCACUAUGGUUUAGACAAAUUCCUUACACAAUGGUUAAAUUUACAUCUUUUGAAAAAAUCGUGGAAGCAAUUUAUGCUAAAUUACCUGUGAAAAAAUCCGAAUUAAGUCCACUUCAACAAAUUUCAGUCAGUUUCACUGGUGGUUAUUUAGCUGGUAUUUUAUGUGCAAUUGUAUCUCAUCCAGCAGAUGUUAUGGUUUCAAAAAUCAACAAUGGCAGAAAAGCAACAGAGUCGAUGUCUCAAGCCACCAACAGAAUUUACAAACAGAUCGGUUUCAAAGGGUUAUGGAAUGGUUUACCUGUGAGAAUUGUUAUGAUCGGUACCUUGACAUCAUUCCAAUGGUUAAUCUAUGACUCGUUUAAGGCAUAUGUUGGUUUACCAACAUCCGGUUAG